UGCGUGAAGCCCAUGAACUUCCAGGAGGAAGUGAGGGCUCACAGAGACCUGGACAGCUUCUUGGCUCAGGCAAGCAUCCUUUUGGAUGAGAAAGCUACCACUCUGGAUGAAGUCCUGAGGCGAAUGGUUGCUCACAUGUUGGAGGACGGCCAUGGCAGCUGUGAUACGGAGGAGGUGAUGACCUCUUUGUUUACAGAUGCUGGGGGGAAAGAUAUUAAUGUUCACCUUCUGUCAGAGACCAUUCAGUGCGUGACGACAACUACAACUGGCGUCCAUUACCAGCAAUCCUGGCUUUGCAUUCUCUCCAAUGUGAGUAAACUGCAGAGACGUCAUGUUUGCGUUGCUCGCCUAGAGAAGCCACAAAACUGGGGAGCCAACUGCUGUGAGGCUCGUUACGUCAUCCUUAUUCUUGCUCCACCCAGAACGAAAAGCACCAAGACAGCCAUUGAACUAGGUAGAACAUUUUCCACAAUGUUCUCUGACAUUUCCUUCAGGCAAAAGCUUUUGGAGACCAAAACCCAGGAGGAGUUCAAACAGGAGCUGGUCUUCCAUCGACACCAGCUCUCUGUGGUCGACGAGAAGCCAGUCUUGGAGGAAGUGGAGGACUCAGAUCCACGUAAAGGAAAACCUCUCCAGUAUCGUGAUUUCCUCAAAGCCGGUAAAGGGGUUUAUAACGAUCUCCGCCGCAGGCUGCCUCUAUAUCCUACAGACUUCACUGAUGGUAUAACAGGGAAAGACCGCUGUCUGCUGAAGUAUGCCACCACCGCCCUCUUCCUCUAUAUUGCCAUUAUACUUCCUGCCAUUGCCUUUGGCUCUCUGAAUGAUGAAAGCACAAGAGGGGAAAUAGAUGUUCAGAAGACCAUUGUUGGCCAGAGCAUUGGAGGAGUGAUCUACGCUCUGUUUGCUGGUUCACCUCUUGUCAUUCCACUGACCACUGCACCACUGGCCAUCUUCAUAAGUGUUAUCAGGGGUAUUUGUGAUGACUACGACCUCGACUUUGAUGCUUUCUAUGCCUGCAUCGGUUUAUGGAAUAGUUUCUUCCUUAUCCUCGGAGGCCUGUUCAAUGUCAGCCUGCUGAUGAAACUCUUCAAACGCUCAACAGAAGAAGUCAUUGCACUGUUCAUCUCCAUUGCAUUUGUUGGGGAUGCAGUGAAAGGCACAAUCAAAAUUUUUGAGCACUUCUACCACGGGCCAGUACUAGCAACCGCAAACAGAACUGUGGUGCUUCAAGAAAUAAAUGAGAUUCUAGAUAAGUUUGAAAACAAGACGACAAACAAGCUUGAGCAUCACAAUGGGACUGUGUCUCUUACUGGACAUAGUGAAGGUCAAAUGUCAGUCUUGAGUCAUGUCUUCCUGCCGGAGUCUUUGGUAGAAUGCACAAGGGAAAGACCCAUCCUCUGCCUGCUGCUCAUGUUGGGGACUCUGUGGCUGGGGCACACACUCUAUCUCAUCAAGAGGAGCCCAUACUUGAAUGAUAAAAUCAGAGAGGUGGUGUCUGACUGCGCUUUGCCAAUCUCUGUGGUGAUUUUCUCCUUCAUUGGCUCCUACCUUUUCAUUGACAUACAGCUUCCUGUUUUCAGUGUCCAUGAUGGUCCCAUCUUCAAAUACCCUCCGUUCGAAAAACUGACAGGAAUGAAUGCACUAAGCGCAGUCGGGUUAGGUUUUCUUCUCGCGCUGCUCAUCUUUAUUGACCAAAACAUAGUCAUUUCUCUCACACACGUUCCAGAACAUAAGUUGUUAAAAGGCACAGCGUUCCAUUGGGAUUUAAUGCUGACUGGCUUCAUCAACAUCCUCAUGUCUUGCCUGGGGUUGCCAUGGAUGCAUGCGGCCUUCCCACAUUCCUCCCUACAUGCCCGUCAGCUUGCCAAAGUAGAGCAGCACGUAGAGAACGGACACCUCUACACAACGAUCGUCAGUGUGAAAGAGACACGUCUAACCUCGUUAGCAGCCUACAUCCUGAUUGGCCUGUCAGCCUUCAUGCUUCCCAUUCCUCUCCAGUGGAUCCCCAAGCCCGUCCUUUACGGCCUCUUCCUUUACAUCGCAGCCACUUCACUUGAUGGAAAUCAGAUGGUGGACCGCAUGACCUUGCUGCUAAAGGAACAGACAUCUUAUCCUCCCACCCACUACAUUCGCCGUGUACCUCAGAGGAAGGUGCAUUAUUUCACUGGGCUGCAGCUGGUCCAACUGGUCAUCCUGUGUGUGUUUGGGAUGUACCCUCUGCCCUACAUGAAGAUGGUCUUCCCUCUCCUGAUGAUCCUGCUGGUCCCUGUCAGGACUAGCUUGCUUCCCAGAGUGAUUGAAGCCAAGUAUCUGGACAUCAUGGACUCCCAGUACAUGUAGAACAACCUGACAACACUGGUAAAAGAUGGAGAAUUG